GAAAGUGAAAGCUCUGGGCCAUAAAUAGGAGGCAGCCUCAGCCUCACACAGGCUCACACCCCACAAGGACUCCUGUGCGCUCCCUGCCACUCUCCUGCAAGCCUCUCUGAGCCUCAGCCUCGCAGACUCCUUGCACACACCCAGAGACACGCUCAGACUUCCUCACUCAAUUCACCCUCCAUGGCACCCCGCGUGGCCCCACUACUGGCCCUCAGUCUACUGGUUCUCUGGACCUCCCCAGCCCCAGCUCUGGGUGGUGCUAAUGAUGCAGAAGAUUGCUGCCUGUCUGUGACCCAGCGCCCCAUCCCUGGGAACAUCGUGAAAGCCUUUCGCUACCUCCUCCUCAAGGAUGGCUGCAGGGUGCCUGCUGUUGUGUUCACCACACUGAGAGGCCACCAGCUCUGUGCACCCCCAGACCAGCCUUGGGUGGACCGCAUCAUCCGGAGACUGAAAAAGUCCUCUACCAAGAGCAAGCGCCACGGCAGUUAGACCAUGACAGUACCAGAGGAAGCCUAGUGUCUAAGUGAAGGGAUGGGACUCUCCCUGGCCUGGGGAACCAAAGACCAGAAGGGAAGACCAGGCUUCCAGUUGCUCUGCACCAGACCUGACCCAACCAGGACAGGGCCUUGAGUGUCUUUGUGAGUGUGAGUGUGUGAGUGAGAGGGUGAGUGUGGUAAGAUCACAGCCUCUUUAUGCCCAGACUGCAAUGUUUCCAAUAAAGCCACUUAG